AAGACAAUUUGACCCUUUCCUUUCCUUAUUAAUGUACCGUUCAACAACACCAACGUCAGUUACAUUAAAUACACAAACCACAACAAGAUCCAAUAGUACUUUAUCAUCACAACCUCCUCCAUUUUGGUUUGGUGGUGCAGCUUCUUGUGUAGCCACUUUUGUCUCUCACCCUUUUGAUCUUACCAAAGUACGAAUACAAACACAAGUACGAAAACAACAACCAACUAAUUGGGAUUGGCGAUUAUUACGACCUAGUAAUAUGAUUCGAACUAUGCGUUCCAUUGUACAUAGUGAAGGUAUCAAGGCUCUUUAUACUGGAUUAGAUGCAAGUUUACUCCGCCAAGGAACAUAUUCUACCAUACGUUUUGGACUUUAUGAUCACUUUAAAUGGUUAAUCGCUGGUAACGACAAACCGACCUUUCAACAAUUACUGUUAUGUUCCACAGCAGCAGGUGUAUUGGGUGGAGCUUUUGGUAAUCCAAGUGAUGUGGUUAAUGUACGCAUGCAAGGUGAUGGACAACUACCUCCAGAUAAACAACGUCAUUAUAAGAAUGCUAUCGAUGGUAUGUAUAGGAUAUGUAGGGAUGAAGGUCCUCGUGUCCUUUUGCGUGGAUUGGGUACAAGUACUCAACGAGCUGUAUUGAUCACUGUUUCUCAAAUGACAAGUUAUGAUGAAUUCAAAAUUGGUUUGGUGAAUACUUUGGGUUGGUAUGAUGGUAUGAUGACUCACUUUACUGCUAGUUUACUUGCUGGAUUGGUUGCUACUACAGUCUGUUCUCCAUUGGAUGUAGUUAAAACUCGAAUCAUGAGUGCGCACGUGCAUGAUGGCAAACAUCCUAUACAAAUCAUGCUUCAAAUGAUCAAGAUGGAAGGUUUCGGGUCUUUAUUCCGAGGUUGGAUGCCGGCUUUUAUUCGUCUUGGUCCUCAUACCGUAGUGACAUUCUUAGUAUUGGAAAAAUUGAAGGAACAAUAUGCUCACAUUGUAAAUAGUCGUUUAGAACAAGAACAUUAGAUAUCCCCCCUUUUCUUUAUUAUAUACAUAUAGAUUAGACUAGAAUUAUCUCCCUUUAUCAUACAUCAUCAUUUACAUAAAUUGUAUUUAUACUUUUUUCUCUCUCUCUUCAUUUAUCAUCAUCAUCAUCAUCAUCAUUAUGAAAUAAAUAACCUAUCUCCU